GUUGAAAUUGUCGCGAGAAACACGGCGAGAGUUAAUAAAAAAAAAUAUAGAAAUAAAUAAUAAAUACAAAUACGAACAUAAAUAAAUUAAUAAUAAUAAAUAAAUAAAAAUAUAACAUACAAUGUUUAGCUGAGAGCAAUAACUAUUACAAAAAUAGCAGUAAAUAAUUAUUAUAGCAAACGAUUUAAUAAAAUUUCAAUUUCUAACAAAAAAAAAAAAUAAAAAUAAUGAAAAUAGAAAAUUCUAUUAAAACUGAUUUAGUAACAAAUGUAAUUUAAGUUGAAAACAAAAAAUAAAUCAAAUAAAUUGUUACAAUAACAAUAACAUGUAUUUAUGUCAAAUAUUUUGUUUAUCUUUAAUGACAAUUAAAAUUAAAACACGAAAAUUGUAAACAUUAUUAUUAUUUUUUGUGUAGUUGGAAAAAUUAUAAAACUAAACAAUAAUUGCUUUUCAUUAAAACUAAAAAAGUUAAACAAAAACUUCGAGUUAAUUUGAGUUUAAACAAUAAAAUAAUAACGAAAAAUUAUUUAUAUAUAUAAAUAAUUAAAUAUUUUAUAACAAAACAAAACACUAAUCACCUUAAAAUACGAGUAAUAAUAAAAGUUAAAAGUUUCUCAUAAAAAAAUAUAACUUUAGAAAACAAAAUGAAACUGCCAAAUGUUUUAAACAAAAAUGGUUCAAUGGCAUUGAAUACGCCCAGCGCCAAGGAUGUGGCUAUAACAAGUGAAGAGUCCAGUAAAAAAGCAUCCAUAUUUGGCAUUAGACAUUUGCAAUGUUUUUUACUCUUCUGUGGCUUGUCGGUGGCUUAUGCACUGAGAGUAAAUCUAUCAGUGGCUAUAGUGGCCAUGACGGAUAAGGAAACAAAUCCAGAUUUUGAUGCAUUUAACUGGAGCGAGAAAAAUAAAUCGUUACUCUUGAGCAGCUUCUUCUGGGGCUAUGUAAUCACUCAAGUGCCAGCUGGCCAAUUGGCUCGCAAAUUUGGUGGCAAAGUUAUGUUACUGACAGGUGUAUUUGUGUGCUCGCUAUUGACUGUCCUGACACCCAUUUGUGCUAGACUUGGAGACUGGCAAUUAGUGUGCGCUCUGAGAGUUAUACAGGGCUUAAGUCAAGGUUUUCUUUUCCCCUCCACCCAUACAAUUCUCUCGAAAUGGUCUCCCGUAGAGGAGAGAGGCUCUCUGACCACCUACUGCUAUUCGGGUACACAAUUUGGCACAGUCGUGAUGUUGGCUGCUAGUGGUGUCAUGGCUUCAUCUUCCAUGGGCUGGCCUAGCAUAUUCUAUGUAUCCGGUGGUGUGGGUUUGGUAUGGUCAGCUGCCUGGUUUUUCUGGGGUGCCAGUUCACCCGGUGAUUACAAAAAUAUUUCCGCUGAAGAAAAGAAACUUAUUGAAACUUCGUUGGGCUCUAAAGAUGAGGAGGAUGAAAAUAAACCUAUGCCCAAAGCACCCUGGAUCAAAUUCUUUACCUCGGUGCCUUUCAUGGUACUCACCCUCACACAUUGCACCCACAAUUGGGGCUUUUGGACUUUGUUAACGGAAAUUCCUUCGUAUAUGAAAAAUAUUCUUAAUAUGGACAUCAAGAGUAAUGCCCUGCUUUCAUCGUUACCCUAUGCCGCCAUGUUUCUAUUGAGUUUUGUGUUCUCAGCCAUACAAUCAGUGCUCAGUAAACGUAAAUGCAUACCAUUGUCAGUUAGUCGUAAGCUAUUCAAUUCCAUAGGCCAUUGGAUACCCAUGAUCUCAUUAAUCGGCCUGGGUUAUGUGGGUGCCGAUCAAACGAAUUUGGCCAUUGUUUUACUCACCAUAACGGUGGGCAUAAAUGGUGCCACCUAUUUGGGUUUCCAGGUUAAUCACAUUGAUUUAUCACCCAACUUUGCUGGCAUACUCAUGGGUAUAACUAAUUGUGCUGCUAAUAUAAUGAGCAUAAUUGCUCCCCUGAUUGUGGGCUUCAUAGUAACCAAUGAGAAAGACGCCAAUCAAUGGCGUAUUAUUUUCUUCAUUGCUGCCGGUUUCUACUUCAUUGGCAAUUUAUGUUUCAUCUUAUUUGGCAAAACGGAAGUACAAUCUUGGAAUGAUCCUGAAAAAGAGCAACUGGCGAAAAAGCGUAACUCUACGUUUGUAGAGUCUCAGCAUUAGUUUAAUUGUUAUUAGUUUGUAUAUUGUAUGUUUUAACUAUUUAGAUACUAAAUAUUUUUAUUACUUAAUCAGGUCGUAAUUUUUAAUUGUUUAUUAGUAAUUUGUUAAGAACUGUUUAUGUGAACUUUCAUUGUUAGUGAAAUAAUUAAAUAACUCCAGUAACAUGUUUAGUUGUGUUGAUAUUGUUGAGCCUGAAUUGUAAUUGUAGUUUGUAAAAUAUUUAACAAAUUUUUGUUUAAGUUUAGUUGUAAUUGUAUGUAUUAAAAAAAAAUUAAAAAAAAAAUAAUAAAACGAACUUUUCAGUUUUUAUAAGAAGAA